AUGUUAAAGUUCUUCAUCACUUUUCAUGGCUCUAGAGGAUGGUGGACACCAAUGCUUUGUACUUCAGCAUUUUCAUCUGCAAAAUAUUUCAUUCGAUAUGUUUCAAAUCGAAACACCCUAACUCAGGCUCGUCGCAAUAUUUCUCGCCAUUAUAACCUGAGUAAUGAACUCUUCUCACUCUUUAUGGAUGAGACAGUGCUAUACUCAUGUGCAAUAUUCAAGAGUGAGGAUGAAGACUUGAAAGUUGCACAACUGAGAAAGACUUCUCUUCUCAUUGAAAAGGCAAAAAUUAGCAAGGAACAUCACAUUUUAGAGAUUGGAUUUGGUUGGGGAGGUUUUGCUGUGGAAGUUGUCAAGCAAACAGGAUGCAAAUAUACUGGUAUAACUCUAUCCGAGCAGCAACUGGAGUACGCACAGUUGAGAGUUGAGCGAGCAGGCCUUCAGGAUCAAAUUACAUUUCUCCUAUGUGACUAUCGACAAAUGCCAAAAAGGGACAAAUAUGACAGGAUUAUAGUAUGCGAGGUGUUAGAACAUGUUGGUCAUGAUUACAUAGAGGAAUUUUUUACUUGCUGCGAUUCUGCAUUGGCAGAAGAUGGGCUUCUAGUUCUGCAGUUCAUUUCAGUACCAGAUGGGCGGUAUGAUGAAUACAGGCAUAGCGCUAGCUUCAUAAAAGAGUAUAUAUUCCCAGGUGGAUGCUUGCCUUCACUAAGUCGAGUAACAUCAGCCAUGGCUUCUGCAUCCAGUCUGUGUGUAGUGCACCUGGAAGAUAUAGAAAUUCAUUACUAUCAGACACUGAGAUAUUGGCGAAAAAACUUCCUGAAAAACAAAAGCCAAAUUCAUGCUUUGGAAUUCGAUGACAAGUUCAUCAGGAUGUGGGAGUCCUACUUUGACUACUGUGCUGCUGGAUUCAAAACAUGUACGCUCGGAGAUUAUCAGAUUGUAUUUUCAAGGCCAGGCAAUGUUGCAACAUUUGGUGAUCCUUACAAUGGUGUGCCUUCAGCUUAUUAGAGUUUCUUUGUUUGGAAUAUU